UCCGACCGGACGUACUUUUCAAACGGACCAAAAUACCUCUCAGAGUUGACGUGGAAGUGUAUGCAAAAAUGGCUAAUACUCAAGCAGAAAUUCCGAUAGAUAGUUCCACCGUGACAUCAAAUUCAAAUGUUUCUUCGCAGCCUAAUAACCCGUUAUCAAGGAAGCUUAACAAAAUAUUGGAGACGAGACUUGACAAUGACAAGGAGAUGCUGGAGGCUCUAAAGGCAUUGUCAGUGUUCUUCACCGAAAACAGUUUGCGCACCAGGAGAAAUCUUCGCGGAGACAUAGAGAGACGAAGUCUAACGAUUAAUGAGGACUUUGCACGAAUAUUUCAAGAAGUAAAGGAGGAGCUUGAAAGCGUUCAUGAAGAUGUUCAGGACAUGAGCACGUGCUGUGAGGAGAUGACCAGCAGGCUUAAGGCUGCAAAAGAAAAAACUCAAGAUCUCAUUGUAAAGACAAACAAGCUGCAAGGAGAAAAUCAAAGGCUGGAGGUGAGGGCUCAGGUGGCUCAAGCUUUUCUCGCCAAGUUCCAGCUCUCCAGCGAGGAGAUGGCCGUCCUGCGAAAUGCUCGGGACGCGCCCGUCACAGAGGACUUCUUUAAAGUCCUGAGCCGUGUGAAGCAAAUUCAUGAAGAUGUGAAAAUCCUCCUGCGAACAAACCAACAAACUGCAGGGUUAGAGAUCAUGGAGCAGAUGGCGGUGUUACAGGAGACCUCAUACGAGCAGCUCUACCGCUGGGCUCAGAAUGAAUGCAGAGGACUGACUCAGGAGACCUGUGAUAUCAGUCCGGUGCUCACCCAAGCUAUGGAGGCCCUGCAGGAUCGCCCUGUUCUUUACAAGUACACUCUUGACGAGUUUGGGACGGCGCGCAGAUGUGCCGUGGUGCGAGGCUUCAUUGACGCCCUGACCCGCGGCGGACCAGGAGGAACCCCCCGCCCUAUAGAAAUGCACUCCCAUGAUCCUUUGAGGUAUGUGGGAGACAUGCUGGCCUGGCUUCACCAAGCAACUGCUUCAGAAAAGGAGCAUCUAGAGGCGCUUUUGAAACAAGUCACCCUCCAGGAUUUGGAGGACAACAUGCAAGAGGUGGUGGGACACAUCACAGAGGGCGUCUGCAGGCCGCUGAAGGUGCGGAUAGAGCAGGUUAUUGUGGCCGAGCCUGGCGCCGUCUUGCUCUAUAAGCUGUCCAACCUGCUUAAAUUCUACCAUCACACAAUCAGCUCUAUUAUUGGAACCAGUGUGGCCUCUCUGCUCAUGACUAUUGAGGAGAUGCACCUUCUCAGCAAGAAGAUGUUCUUCAACAGCCUCAGCCUUCAUGCUAGCAGACUCAUGGACAAGGUGGAGCUCCCUCCUGCAGACCUUGGACCGACAGCAUCCAUCACUCAGACCCUCUCCCUCCUGAGGGAGGUGCUCACCUCCCACGACUCUUCUGUUGUUCCUCUGGACGCACGCCAGGCUGACUUUGCUCAGGUGCUCUCCUGCAUCCUGGAUCCCCUGCUGCAGCUGUGCACCGUGUCAGCCAGUAACCUGGGCACAGCUGACAUGGCCUCUUAUAUGGUCAACUCCCUGUAUGUGAUGAAGACCACGCUGGCUCUCUUUGAGUUCACCGAUAAGAGACUCGAGAUGCUUGAGUUUCAGAUCGAGGCUCACCUUGAUACCCUGAUCAACGAGCAGGCCUCCUAUGUGCUGACCAGAGCUGGACUCAGCUACAUCUACAACUGCGUGCAGCAGCACAGCACCGAACAGGGUCCUCUGUCCCUCCUCCCAAGUAUGGAUGGUUCCUCUGUGAAAGCAGCCAUGCUCCAGUUUGAUCGGUACUUGUCAUCGCCCGACUCUCUGGUGAUGCCGCAGCUCAACUUCCUGCUGAGUGCAGCCAUCAAGGAGCAGAUUUUCCGACAGUCGACAGAGCUGGUGUGCAGAGCGUACGCGGAGGUCUACUCGGCUCUGAAUAACCCAAACAACGGCUACAAAGAUCCAGAGACCCUGCUGCCCAGAACUCCUCAGCAGGUUCAGACUUUGCUCUCCUGAAGCUCAUUGGUGUGACUUGUUGAUCCGAAAGGCGGCUGGCUGGCGGGCGGCGUGCAGGCGGGCGGAGCAGCAGAGGACAGCCUUACAUGCUCUUUAAACAAGUUGUUUAGAGAGCAUGUAAGUGGUGCAGCUUAAAACCACAAAUGUAUAUAGAAGUAUAGGUGGGUCAGUGGCCUGAGACAUAUAUGUAUGUAUAUGAAGUCUAUGGUAAAACACUAUGAAAUUUAUGUGACACUUUGACUGGUGCAGUUUGUUUUAUUUGUUCAAAUUUGUAAAAACAAAAGCAAAUAUGCAUUAUAUAAAAGCUAAGAAACAACAAUCCUGAGGCUUUUCUUUCUUUGCACAGAGAAGUGGUCAAGAAAAUGUUCAUUUUAUGAUUAAAUGUUUUGACUUCAAUGUAUAAAGAUGAAAAAAACUAUUUUUUUCCAAUGCGCGCUGUGGCCGGAGAUGUUAAAAUAAGACUUUAAUGAGCCCGGAUUUAGUUGUUUGGCCAUUUUAAACUCAUUGAUGUGUGACAACAGAGGGUAAUGUUUGUCCACAAAUGUCUGCUUUUGGCACUUGUGACAUGUAACUUGAUAUCGCUGCAAAUCUGGCUCUACCCUGCCAACGUAAUCCCCAGAGAAACACCAGUAAACAGUUAAGAUAAGUGAA